AUGGCAUCAGCACUGUUGAACCAAACCGUCUGUGUAAUGGAUGCAUCGGGACGUUUGGGCUCCGCCCUCGUCCACCGCCUCCUUCAAAGAGGAUACGCAGUUCACGCCGCCGUGCAUAACCAUGAUGAGUUGCAGUCUUUUAAGGGAUUAUCGAGUGAGAACAAGAAAUUGAGAGUAUUUGAUUCAGACCCUUUGGAUUAUCACAGCUUAAUGGAGGCAUUGAAGGGCUGUUGUGGCUUAUUUUACUCCUUUGAGCUUCCUUCAGACAACCCCAACUAUGAUGAAUUUAUGGGUGAAUUAGAAGUAAGGGCAGCACACAAUGUACUGGAAGCUUGUGCACAGACAGACACCAUAGAUAAGGUAGUUUUUACUUCUUCCGCCACAGCGGUUAUCUGGAGAGACCAGCACAAUAGCGUCCCAUCUGAUGUCGAUGAAAGAAACUGGAGUGACAUUAAUUUCUGUAAAAAAUUUAAGCUAUGGCAUGGACUGUCAAAAACGGUGGCAGAGAAGACAGCUUGGGCAUUGGCAAUGGACAGAGGGGUGAACAUGGUUUCUAUUAAUGCAGGGUUGUUAAUGCAUCCCAAUCUUAGCAUAAAAGAUCCCUAUUUGUUGGGGGCCGCUGAAAUGUUUAAAGACGGCGUCUUUGUCGCGGUGGACCUUGGAUUCUUAGUCGACGCUCACAUAUGCGUGUUUGAGGACUCUUCCUCCUAUGGACGAUACCUAUGUUUCAACCGUGUAAUAAAUUGCAGCAAAGAUGUUGUCAAGCUUGCAACAAUGAUUUUACCAUCUUCGUCUCCACAAGGGUUGGAGGACGAUCGGGUCCAUGAGCAGAGAAUAAGCAGCCAGAAACUGAGCAAGCUUAUGGUAGAUUUCGAUAGCGAGCUCCAAAUGGAGUGA